UUCAGACCAUGUCUCUUUCAAUAAAAAGUAGCAUUGUCGAAGUCGAAGCUCCCUACCUUGUCCUACCAGUUGUGCCCGUUCUGGCGAUGAGGGUACUAACGGUAUCUCACAGCUCAGGAGCGCCCCUUUGAGGGGGUGCCCGAAUAAUCUGAAAGUGAGUUUAUUCACUUUCUCAACUUACUUCUUCGCAUCUCUCCCUGCCUCUGUCAUACAUUCUCUCUCCCUGGUGUUUGAGGAUGUCUUCAAUCGCCUCCCUGAUUUGUCACCUUUUUCGAAAUUUCCUCUAAAUUCCCACCACGGAACAAUUGAAGAAUUUGUGAGUUGGGAUUGCUGGUUUUUUUAUUUUAUUUUAUUUUUAUUUUUGAAAUUUUUGCAGUUGGUACCCUGAUCUGGUCGUGUUCUUUAUUGGAUUGUCUUCCAAUUAUAUUGUUAUGUGAUGAGUUUAUUUAUUUUUUGGUACAAAUCUAGGAAUUUUAACUCAUGCUUUUCUUUCCCACCCCCCUCUUCUUGUGGUUUAUUUGGUGUUUUGUGUGCAGAUCUUAGAUGGGGGUGUUUAAUUUGAUUUGGGUUUUCCAUGAUUCUAUGUGGUUUUGGAGUUAAUGUCCAGAAGUGAUUUGUCUGAAAGUUGUAAACUUGAGAUCUUUCUUCUACCUUGUGGUGGAAUUUUCAAUGGCAUUUGCUUUGUCCUCUUGUGAAUUUGCUUUGAACUUAUUUGUCAUUUGCUUAAGGCUUUUUAUAUGCAUCUAUAAAUAGUCUUAACUUUGAAGGUUGAACAGAUUUCAUUCAGCAUGUCCCAUAGGUCUCCUGCUAAAUGAAAUGUUGUGUUUUUGGUUGAAUAUUUAAUAAUGAUAUACCCAGUCUAGUUUUAUUAGAUCUACUUAGGGAAUUGAGGGAAUUUUGUUGGAGCAAUAUAACUACUGUUUCUUUAUGUAGAUGUCUUGUCCCACUUUAUUGUGGUGAAUGAAAUUUUGUUUUAACUUAUAUAAAUUAUCAAAUAAGAUUAAGCAUGUAUGAUGCUUAUCUCUAUUUUCUUUGUUCUUGUAGCACUAUUGUUCUUUUCGUUGUGAAAAUAUCUCACUUGCUAGAGUUUAUUGGAGGAAGUUUAAUGGAGCUUGGAUGUUGUUACUAACAUGUAGAUAGUAAGCAUUUUCAGUUAUCUCUUUUCGUCCCUAUUGGGGACUCAACCUUGGAACCUCCCAUAUCUCCACCCCAAUCCUUUCCCACUCUUCCAUCUUUAUAUAUAUAGGAGAAUUUGCAAGAAAUUUGUUGGAUGUAGAUAAUAUUAUAAGGUUGUUUUCUCAUGUUAUGCGUAGAAGAGUCAGUUUACCUCAUUUUGUUAACUUAAAUAUUUUCUAGCCCUUGAGUUAUUCCCCAGCUCUUUGUUUAUGUUUGAUACUGUCAAAAUCAUUAGUUUCAUUGGCUUUCUUCUUUUUGUUAUUGUUGUUACAAUAUCAAUUUUUUUCUUUGAUUUGAAGCUUGGAUUCUAGGUUAGAUAGAAUAUUGUGAACUUUUCAUAUCUAGAUACCUAAUGAUUUCCUGAUAAUACAAUCUAUCAUGUAAAUUCUGUUAAAUGAAGAGGGUACAGGAUGGAAUGAGCAGGCAUCGAAAUUAAGUCUGUAUUAUUUAAGUUAGAGUUCUUCAGGUUGGCCAUGUGGUUGACUCUUUGACAUAGGGCAACUAUAGGGACUACCGGAGAGUAGUUCUUAUUAGGCAUCUUCAUAUUUGAAUUUAUUCUCUUAGUUCCUGAAGAAAACAUUGGAAUGAAGAUAUGGUGGGCAAAAGUGAGAAGCAUGUAGAGAAUUUAGUAGUUCUACUUGUCUCACAAACAUGACUUAGUCUUCUGGAAAUUCAAUAUUGGUUUGGCUCUUUAGAUUCUGGAAGUUAGAAGCAGUUAAAAAAAAAAAAAAAAAAAACCCUGAUGAUAUGUUAGGCUUAAGUAAUUGUUAUGGCUUUUCUGUCAAUAGUGCAUGGAAUUUUUUUAGAUGGACGAGGUAUCAGACACCUGAAUUCCUUGGGAGUAGUCUCCUGCUUUGGAAAUAUAUAUAUAGAGUGUGCAUGUGUGUUAGAGUUAAUUUUUAAUUUUUAAAUGAAUUAAAUAAAAAAUAUAGAUAAACUUUUAUAUACCAUCAAUUUCUUUUUAGUAAAAAAUAUAAAUGCAUAAAAAUGAACCAUUUAUUUUUAUUAAUUCAAUAAAUUGGCAAGGUAAAGGAAGGGAAAAAGUUAAACUUAAGAUAAAUUGGUCUCCAUUAAGGAUAAUUAAAAAAUGUGAAAAUUUUAAAAUGCUUUCAGUGCUAACAUUUUUUUGGUGUGGCACUAUUCUGUGUACCAAACAUGUGCUAAGACUUUUUUAGAUGCAUAACAUAUAUGCUAUGAUUGAUGAGAUAUAAUAUCAAAUAGUCUACAAAUUUAAUUAUGUUCUACAAUAUUGUUUCAAAUGCUACCACCUUCUUGAAUUCUAAUUUCUUGAUAUAGUUGAAUCUGGCACUCCCACCAGUGUUAGGUUCCUACUCUCUAAGUUGGACUAAUGGAGCAUAGGUUAUGUCAAUUAUUUAAUAAAUGGAGUCCCAACAAACUUUUGUUAAGUCCAUGUAGCUGUAUUUUUAACCAUUCUUUGUAUGUGUGGAUAUAAUAUCAUUUUCCUCUAAUUUGAUUACGAUACCAUUUAAAGGUUUUUGUGUCAUUUUGUUUCUUUGUCAGUGUUAAUGAAGCUAAAGGAUAUUUUAGAAAGGAGCAGAAGACGCUCCAAGGAUCUUCUCUGCUCGUCUAUCUUGACCGUCUUCAUUAAAGGGUUCUAUCCUAGAAACGUUGUCAGAUACUCUGGAAUCUAAGUGCUUCUGUGAUAAACUAUGUGCUGUUAGUGUUGAUUUUGUAAGAAUGGAUAGGUCAGACACAUCAGGAUUUGUAAGUGGUGGAGGUAGCAUAUUGGAAUCCUUUCUGCUUGUUCAAUAAGUUUUGAUGUUUGGAGCUUCCUAGUAGCGUGUGUUUAAGACUGUACUGCCAGUUGGGCUUCUCAUUCCUCUGUGCUAUAGCUCAUAGCACCCUGAAAAUGGAUCUUGACAAUAAGAGUGCUUCUUUCUCUCAUACUUGUGAGUUCAUAAAAAAUGACAACUUUGGUGACACUACUUUAAGCUUGAACUGCUUUGGCUUUGGAGGAAGCAACACAGCAAGAAUUGUGAAUACUCGAAACAGUCUUGGUGUUAAGCCUUCAAAUCCUCCUGAUGAUGGCUGCAGGUUGGUACUUGGUUUGGGGCCAACACCGAAUACAUAUUGUGAUGAUUAUUACCAUGUUGAUGUUAAUAAGAGCAAAGGAUCGGCUACCAUGUACCCAAAGCGUUUGCCAUCUGAGGUUGAUUCAAUCCUAAAACUUGGCCCUUCUGGAGGUGUUGGGGAGUUUUUAGGGCUUGAUUGUUCAGUUUCAGUCCAGACUGAUGUGAAUUCAUCUUGUCACCCUAACCAGGUGUCUGAUGAUGACAACCGAGUUUUGAUUCCUGUUGUUGAUGAGGGUUCCACUUCAGCAAAGAAAUCAGGUGGCUAUAUGCCAUCACUUCUUUUGGCUCCAAGAAUGGACAGAAAAGUUUCCAUGCAGACACAAGAACUUUUUGAACUGGGAACCAAAUCCCAUCAUCAUCUUUCUCAACUGAGUCCUGAACCGUCUGCUACCACAGAUUACUCAACAGGCACUAUCUCUGAGUCAGCAACUGCUGUGACUUCUUCAGAUCAUAGGAACAACAAUCCUAAGAAAUGCAAGUUUAUGGAUUGUACAAAAGGUGCAAGAGGGGCAUCAGGUCUUUGCAUUGGUCAUGGGGGCGGACAGAGAUGCCAGAAACCAGGAUGCAACAAGGGCGCUGAGAGUCGAACUGCCUACUGUAAGGCCCAUGGUGGAGGAAGGAGGUGCCAGCAAUUGGGAUGCACUAAAAGUGCUGAAGGCAAGACAAACUUCUGCAUAGCACAUGGUGGUGGCAGACGGUGUGGGCAUCCAGCAGGGUGCACCAAGGCUGCACGAGGCAAGUCAGGGCUUUGCAUCAAGCAUGGUGGGGGGAAGAGGUGUAAGAUAGAAGGCUGUACUCGAAGUGCUGAGGGGCAGGCUGGAUUAUGCAUUUCUCAUGGAGGCGGACGCCGUUGCCAGUACCAGGGAUGUACUAAGGGUGCUCAAGGAAGCACCAUGUUUUGUAAGGCACAUGGUGGUGGGAAGCGUUGCAUAUUUGCUGGAUGCACCAAAGGUGCUGAAGGGAGCACACCGCUUUGCAAGGGGCAUGGUGGGGGAAAACGCUGCCUCUUUGAUGGUGGUGGGAUCUGCCCAAAAAGUGUACACGGAGGCACAAAUUUUUGUGUUGCCCAUGGUGGUGGAAAAAGAUGUUCCGUUCCAGGCUGCACCAAGAGUGCACGUGGCCGCACUGAUUGUUGUGUUAAGCAUGGUGGAGGGAAGCGGUGCAAGUUUGAAAACUGUGGAAAGAGUGCCCAAGGUAGCACAGACUUCUGCAAAGCUCAUGGUGGGGGAAAGCGAUGCAGCUGGGGAGAAGGAAAAUGUGAGAAAUUUGCAAGGGGAAAGAGUGGGCUAUGUGCUGCACACAGUAGCCUGGUUCAGGAGCGGGAGACAAAGAAAGGAGGUAUGAUAGGACCAGGACUCUUCCAUGGGCUCGUACCUACUGCUACCUCAACUGGUGGAAGCAGCUUUGACAACAAUUCCUCAUCAGGAGUGAGCGUCAUCUCAGACUGCAUCAACUCACUGGAAAAGGCUUCUAAAAGACGACAGCAGCAACUCAUACCCCCUCAGGUAUUGGUUCCUCUAUCAAUGAAGUCCUCAUCAUCUUAUUCAAGGUUGGUGAGUGCUGAGAGGCAAGAGGAAGCAAGCCAUGGUGGGGGCAUUGGUGGCAGCAGCAGCAACAACACUGCUGGGGGCAAGAGCUUCAACAUGAUGAUGAUGAUGAUCCCUGAGGGAAGGGUCCAUGGUGGCGGCCUCAUGUCAAUGCUGGGUGGGAAUCUGAAGAAUGCGUGCAAUGAGGUCUGAAAUUUGUAUUUGUAUAUUUUGGGAGUAGGGGAAUUUUCAAUGUUGGAAUUGUCCAUAAGAUUUGGUGUUUGUUGAAUGAAUAACAGAUGAUAGGUGUAUUUAGUUUGUGUUA